AUGAUUGCUACUUCUCGCGUUGAAUCUGUAAAUGCAUGCAUUAAAAGAAUGCUAUUCAACUCUGACGUCUCUCUAUGCGAACUUAUGUCAGAAAUACAUAAGUUACUUGAUGAACAGGAUAAAAAAAACAUAUAUCAAUACUGGAAGCUCGCAAUACCUUCCGUUAAGAAUCAGAAGCAUGCAAAUUUCCUUUUCACUGAGGUGGAUAAAUAUUGUCAGAGGUUUCUCACGCCAGCAAUCCUAAAGUUGCAACGCAAUGAAAUCAAUCAGUCCUUCUAUUAUGCUGCAAAUCCGAUCAAUGAACAAUAUAUUGUUGUAAUUAAUGAAGUAUCCUAUGAUGAUGAAUGUGCUGAAAGUCCUCAGGCUACUAUAGAACAAUUAAUAAAAGUUAGUGGUCGUGAUAAUGUAAAGGAAAUAUGGGCGGUUAGAGUAGGAAAUUUGUUAAUAGCGAAGCAUUAUGUCAUUCUCCUAAAGAACGAUGCACAUAUGUGUUCUUGCCUCAUGGUUAUUCAAAAAGGGGUAGUUUGCAGACAUUAUUUUCAAGUAAUGUUAAAUACUUGUGAAGCUAGGUUUUAUAUUCGACUUAUCCCAUCUAGAUGGUAUCAAAAAGAUAAAGACGUGUCGCAUGAAGCAUUUAUUGUUGCUGAUAAGUUUCAAAACGGAAUGUCCACAAAUGCGAUACAAGAAAAUAAUGUUGGAUAUCUAUGUACUAUUGAUAAAGAAAAGGAAGACCUUCUUGAACAUCGGAUGAAUCUUCUUGAUGAAAAGAUCAUGUAUGGUACACUUCAUGGGACAUAUAAAAAAGCUUUGCGAAAAGCUUUACAGACGAAGACAGAUUCAUUGCGCUUGAUCGAAAUUCUAGAGGAUUUUGCCAAUGAGGAUAGCGAAUUUGAAUCUGAAGACGAAAGAUUAGGUGAGGAAGAAUUUGACGAGAGUGACAAGAAGAAUAUAAACCCAUUCCAGCUAGGAAAUCCAAAAAUAAGGCGUGGUAAAGGAAGACCGGCGGGUACAAGAAGGUAUAAAACAUCGAAUGAGAAGGAUCAGAGCGAAAAAACAAAGCAACAAAGGCGUUGCAAGAAAUGUGGCAAUUUGGAACACUAUCAAAAGAAUUGUAAUGCUUAGUUCUUUAGUGAAUAAAGAUUCUUUAAUGCUUUUUUUACUGUUAAUCAUUCUUGAAUGCGCUUUGACGUAUGCGC